AUGUUGGCAACGCUUACCUAACCUAUAAUGUUUUUAUAACUGUCAGUUGAAUUUAAACAAUUAAAAAAUGAACGAAAAACAUGAAGAAAUAUCUCGGAUUCUAAAAGAGCUUCAAAAUAUUCAUUACCCAUCUGGAAUUCAAUUUCAAAGACUUCAGCAAUAUAAAGCAUUAAAUGAUCAAGCAAGUAAUGAAUUGGCUGCAAUAUACAACCUUGCUCAGUCUCAUUCGCCAGGAUUAAGAAAUAAGGCUGCAUUGAGAUAUGAAAAAUUCUUAUCUUGUGAUGUCGAACCUAUGUCUAAAGGACCUCUAAUUUCUGCUAAAGAUGAAAUUGCAUUUAAGUGCCCUACCGAUCAGAUAGAGAACAGCAUAAGGGCCAUGUUGGAACAAGUAGAACAGAUGCCGAAAGAGUGGACUUUAAUUCAGCUAACAUCCCAGUAUAAUCCUUUGGAUAAUAUUAAUGAGGAUAAUAAUAUUUAUCAGACAAAUCCAAUUCACAUUGCCGUUUUUAGUUGUGGACAAAGUGAACAAAGUCCUUUCUUGGUAACUGUUGACGCACCUAAGGAUGCUGUUAAUGGUAAUUGUGUUGAGUUAGCUCAGGAGAUGAUGUCUAUAAUUAAAGGAAAUAAAGAAGCAUUAAUGUCACAUAAACAGAAAGUUUUUAAAAAUCACAAGGAAAAAUUAAACUAUAUGAGUAGGAGACAGUCAAUAGAGAAUAGGUUAAAGGCUAUUAUUAAAGAUAUCCAAAAUAUGUGGUUAAAAGAAUGGAGGUGCUUGUUAAGUGGUAAAUACACUGAUGAAUCUUUAGAUGAAAUGAUUAAAGUGGAACUUAUAAAUUUCUUUAAGACAGAGGUCGUGCAAUUGGAAGUAACAACUAGGACUCUUUUUCUCUUGACUUAUGUAGUUAAAGGGACGAAGCAUCUAAAAUUAGCAGAAAUUAUAAAAGCCAUCCACUAUUGUUUCCCUGAAAUCACAGAUAAAAGUUUAAUGAGGAGCAUUACACAGUUCAUCAGAAAUUUGGGUGAUAAAAUUUCAACAAGUACAGAUCAAAAAAAACAUCCAGUUAUAUUAAUAUUAGACGAGACUCUUGACUGUUUUCCUUGGGAAAUGAUAGACGUUCUCAACGAUGAACCAGUCUCGAGAGUUCCAUCCUUACAGUUUAUUUACACACUGUUCAAAGAACAUGAAAAAGAUAUCGUCGACGGCCACAAAAUCGUGACAGAUUUCGACAAGGGAACUUACAUCGUUAAUCCGGACAUGGAUUUAAUAAACAUGGAGAUAAGAAUGAUGAAUUUUUUUAACUAUUGGACUCCGAACUGGACUGGCACGUCGGGUUGUCAGCUUGAUAGUACGGAAUUUUUUGAGCUACUUACUUCAUCGGACAUAUUUUCAUAUAAUGGCCACGGUAGCGGGAGUCAUUUAUUGUCCCUGGAUAAAAUCCAACGAAGUCGAGUGAAGGCUGUCGUGUUACUUUUUGGUUGCGGCAGUACCAAAAUAAAUCGUAUGGACCCUCAGGUUGAAAUGUACGGUCCUUAUCACAUGUAUCUCAUUGCAAGGUGCCCUUGUAUGGUUGGAAUGCUGUGGGAAGUUACAGAUCUUGAUACAGAUAUACUUACCACAGAAUUUAUGAGUCAGUGGAUACCAUCUAAAGCUCCCGUACACUGGAGGUAUGUGGAUAAAUCCAAAUGGAAUAAGGCGGAAGAAAAAACUGCUGACUUCUCAGAAUAA